GAGGGAACUGGGGCUUAGUGGCCCGCCAUGUUUUUCACCAAGUGGGGUGUCUAGAAAAGGCCGGGGUGAAAAUAUCAUCUCUCGGGAUAUGCAGAGUCAACAUGGGAAGAAGAGAAUCUUUUUCCUUCAUUAAGGCCUGCCAUCCUCUCAACGACGACGCAUCUCCCACCGGGGUACCACAACCAAAGUUAUAUUGAUACCGAUGGAGCACCCAUAAUUCAACAUUUUAAGAACUUACACGGCUAUUUGUUUCGAUUACUAAAUAAUUGCUUAGCGAACGAAAAUAUUUUUUGUAGCAAUCGGGUAUCUUUCGAGUUUCCAAUUGGGUUGUCGGUAAAAAGGUGGUGGACACACUGGAGUCGAAUUAUUUUUAAAUAAGGACAAUAACAUAAAAUAUUAAUAGCGAAUAAUUGAUUUUAAAGAGGAGAGAUGUUCACCCCGGAAGAAGCGGAGUUGACAAGCGUGCAAGGGACCUGGUGGUUGCCCAAAGAUUUGGAAUGAGGAAUCCAGCACUUCGUCUCGUCGGGAUAGCGUCGUCGCCCGGUGGCGGCGGGGUGUUUGGUAAUCGGGCCGAGGAGGAGUUGCGCCUUUGGCUUGAAUCACGCUUGGAUGCAUUGGGCAUUGACCCAGUUGCUUACUCGCGUUUCGUUCUUAGCCUGUUGCGCCGCCCCGACUCGGCCCUGUCUCCAUCCCUCAACACUGGCGGACGACACAAUCGGCUACGCACCAGGGUGAGAUUGCCCCUGCAGGGUGACAGAGAACAGAGACGCGCGGUUGUGCAAUGUCUCACCAAUGCCGCUGAUCAGAAAUGCGGAGUAGAGUCACUGGUGGACGAAUUGUGCGCCAAACUGAGAGAUCUUGAAGGGGGCGGUGCUAAUGACGAUAAGGGUGAAUGCCAAAAACUUGAGGAUGACAAUAAGUCAAGUACCUUUGAGUCAUUAACCCCCCGUGACAGAGCGCUCAGGUACUACGCCGCUUUCCCAGCGCUGCAGCCUGCCACUCCGAAGAAAACAACCCACAAAAAGGACAAGAACUUGGGCAUCACCAACAACAAUAAUAAAAACCGAACCAUCUGUGUCAACGGAAACAAUAAUAAGAACAACAGCAAUAACAAUAAAAAUACUAGUGCUACUUCAAACAACAAAAGUCGGCAUAAAAAAAAUAAAAUGUCUGUACAGGCCAUAGAAUCUCGUCGGAGUAAUGAAAAAGAAUCUUUCGGCUUUGCAAAAUCAAUGGAACGUGAACGGGAAAAAGAACGUGAACUAGAGCUUGAUCAGCUUCGUCUGGCUCAGCUGCAAGCAAAGUUCGACGAGAGUUUAGAAGCCCUUUGGGAUAGUGGUCCAGGUAACUCUCAGGACAAGACAUCAAUCUGGGCGGCUCCAUCGUUGUCAAUACCAUCUGGUCCCUUAUGGCCAGUUGACACUGGUGAACUGCCCCUGAUUCUCCCAUUCAAUGAUUCGGCGUCAUCGGCUACAACACCUUAUCAAGAAUCCAUCAUCGAUGAUUCUCCCAUUAUUCCUUGGGACAUUCACUUCUCUGUCGGCAAGAGUACCAAUGAAAUUCCCAAGGAUGAGCAUGAUUACAAUUUAAGCUGGUCGGAUUAUGUCAAUGAUGGGCCCUGGUGCUGGAGUAUGAGCAAAGCUUUGGAUAUCAGUCGUAAAAAAGAUAAUUGUUACACUAUUCCAGCUUGCAAAACACCAACAGUAAUUGGCGACAAAUUAACAUCACACCCUGAGAUCAACAGCGUUCAGGACAUUGUUGUUGUUCUCGAUGAUGAUCUUGAUGGUGAUGGUGAUGCUGAAAAUGAAGAUGAAGAUGAUAAUGAUCAUGAUAAUGAUAAUGAUGGUGAAGGUGAUAACGAUGGUGAUGGCGAAUGCGAGGAUGAUGAUGAGGAUUUAUUAACAUCUGCACGUACACAUUUUUGUCCAAUCAAGGACGAUGGUAACUGGGCUGAUGGCACCACAUUUCCAGUUAAUAAUAAUUUUGAGAGAGUGGCUUAUCGACGAUCAGAGUCCGGGAACUUGCUGUAUCUACCUGGUGGUGAAAGCCCUUACAUGGAGUACAGAGAUGAUGUUAUAGUUCCGCAGACCUCUGGGUUGACUUUGAAGUUUCGUGUACGUCAGUGCGACAAGUCUAUUCAGACCGAUCCUGUCAGAUCACCAAUUAAGAGAAGAAUUUUGGCUGAGGAGGAUCAUUUUUAUUAUUCCUCAAUCGAAACUGACGAUCUUCUCAGUCGAGAGGCUGACAGAGUUGGCAAGGAUUCUUUCACACUGGGGCAUCUUGGGUGGGUGCAACCAAGCGUGUCAUUACUUAACGACCGAAAAAGAAGGCAUAGUAGCAGCUUUAAAUGUCGGCCACUGGCAGCCUUGCGACCGUUAACACUGUAAACUGGUUGCUAAAAGCUUCUCAAACAACUGAGGUCAUCGCCCUUUCGUUGAUUCAACGCAUCACCCAGCUGUUAUUGUUUCUUGUAAAACUAUUCAACUAUUUGAACUGAUAGAAACAUUUUUUUAAGGAAAAUCAAUAUAAAGUCAAAAGGAAACCAAACAAGGGGGUCCCCCUCGGCAUGUGGAAUUUGUUAUGCAUGAAUCCAAGGAGGUACAACUAGCCCCCUUGUUAUAAGUAAGAACCAAAUGAUAUGAGGAAAAAAAACGUCAAGGGAGAAACGAACAUAAACAUCUGCAGAUAAUCAUAAGAAAUCGUGUGAUUAACGAUGAUGGGAAAGAGAGUUCAUUUAGGGAACAUAGUUGAUAAAUCAUGAAUCCUGCGAAUAGGAAAACAAGAAAAUGAUAAUGAACCUCAUACUUUUCUCCAGUUGAGGCCAAAUGAAAAAAAAAAACGAGUGUUUGUUUUCAUUAUUCAUUUCGGUUAAGUUUUGUAAUUGGUUGCUGGUUUCCAUGUAUAUAUAAUUUUUUUGUCAAGUUGUUUUUUUUUUUUCGGGAGAAAAAAUACCGUUUGGAAAAAGUGGGAAAUCGAAAUUUUACUGAUUGCUGAAUUGCUUCCAUAGUUAUGACUUCAUUUUUUGUCCUGUUUUCAAUUUUUAUUUGACACUCCAUUAUUCAUGGAUGUAAAAUUAUUUGUGAAAUUUUCACGCGUUCUCCAUCUAUACGAAUAAAUCGAUAACCCCGAACUUCGUGAUGAUGAAGUAUAGUAGAUAAAAAUAGUGAAAAGUAAUACCGUAUAAUUGAUUUGAAGAAGCAAUAUAUUUUAAAAAAUAUAUAAGAAUUGAGGGAGAUAAGGAGAGAUAAAGGGUUGAAAGUAGAGGAAUAAAAAGAAUUAAGGGAAAGAGUUUUGGCGUAGUCGAUGAAGUUGACAUGGUGUUAAAUGAAAAUAUUAAACAACCCGAAGUGGUAUUGUAUUUUUUUGUUUUCCGUAAUCAUUAAUGACUUUGUCUUAAUCAUAUCUCCUAAUUAUAAUUUAACGCCUUAGAAAAUGCAAACUAAUAAAUACUUACCUUUUUCUUCCUCCUUAAAGACGAAAACGUCAAUUUAAAAUGGAAAACGAUAAAAAAAAAAAAAUUAACUAAUGAAAAAAAAAAAUGUAUCCCGAUUGAUCUCCACAGUUCCCUGAUUCCUUUCAAUUUACCUCCACCAAGAAGAAUCCCUCAGCAGAAGUAAAAAAAGAGAUAUAAAAAAAAUGAACAGGUACCAGAACGUACACAUGUAAAAGAAAUACCAAAAGGUAUUUGGUAAAAGAGAUUCUCGCUGCUGCAAAACAUACUGCACGAGCUUUAUGAGAAAAAAAUAGAAUUGAAAGGCGAGUUUAUCGAAGCCAAGAAAAUGAGAGAGCAAAGAGAAUGAGGAAAAAAAAGAAUGAAUAAAAAAACAAAAAUUGUUGAAUUGGAAAUACUUUCCACGGGAGGAGUGAAAAAAUAGCCCAACAAGUAGAUACACUUUGUGGUAAUACCCUUUUGUGAAAGUCAAGACUAACAUCGAGGCAUUUAAAGGUACCUAAUGCGAUUGCGAAAGGACAGGUUUAUAUGAAAUAACAGAAUUUCGAGAGAAAUUGUUUCAUGAGAAGAUGUUAAGAAGGAACUAUCAAGCAUGUAUGCAAGAAAAGAAGUGGUGAAAAAUAAAUGAAGGCAGUAAACACUGAA